AUGUCCAACGAAUUUAGCGAAUUGAUCGCCCUUAGUUGCCCCGAUCUGAACGCGAACAAUGCCAGUAUUGUUGGGGGUGGUGGCGGUGGCCAAGUUCACAUUAUCGACUCCUCACGCCGUUUGAGUGUAAAGCAGAUGACGGCGACUGAAUUCGCAGCUAUACGCUCUGCUGCCUCAGAUGAAAUAAAAGCUGCCCUUGUAAAUGUAGCUGCCACGCAGUCGGUAUCUUCGCCUGCUACGCCAGCUGUUGUCAACAAACUCGACUUAUUGACGCUUAAUACUGGUUGCAAAUAUCCAAGUGACAAUACAACACCUCCCGAGAUACUGAGCACAAAUAAAUCUGUAGCGGAUAUACCAAAGCCGCGAUCACCACCAACCGAUGGAUUUAUAAUUUCAUCAUCUCAGUUGCCCAGCACCUAUGAACAUAGUGUGUUGCUCACAAGAGAGGAACAUAUACCGCUCUCGCCGGCCCCUCUGGAAGGUAUGACCUCCUUGCCGAAUGUGUUCGACAAACAAGUAGAUGAGGAGUUUUUGUCGAUUGUCGGUGGUAGCGGAGCAAACGUAGGUAAUGUGCUUAGCUCUAAAACUAAAGCGGAUUCGCCAAAACCACAAUUGGAGCUUAAUUCAGAAGAUAAUUUAUCGAAAGGUCGUGGUGCGGUUUAUGACGAGUACGAGUCAAGCAAACGUUCCACUUCCAAGUCGUCUACAGACGAGUAUGAAACCCCACAGAACCAACAUAAGAUAUCCGAUUCCAUCGAAUUACUGCGUAUGCACCGUUGCCAGCGUGGUUUAGAUGCUGUUGCACGAGAAGUACAACCGGAAUGUUCAUUGUCGCCAGUUUCUCCUGAUGGACCUUCUAUUAUCUCAAUUUCAUCGCCGCGUUCACACCACGUACGAAGUCCGGCGCCAGACCGUCUACAUAGUUCGAGUUUGAGCAGCAUUGGCUCGGCGCUAUCAGCAUCGGCCAGUGUGUCUGUAUCAGUAAAUGCUAGCAAAAAUACAAGCAGGCGGGGCAGUGCCGUUAGUACAGCCGAAGAAGUUGCCACAACUUUACCAGCAGUGGUGCAGCCACUUUCUACUUUUCCUCUCUCAAAAACUACUUCAACGCCGAAUAUGGAGCGUCGCAGAAGUAGUUUGUCUGCUCUCUUUCCAGGACCUUCGCCCCUGGUGGCACCAGAGCCUGUGUUGCAUACUAACCCAUUAUUGCCGAAGAACAAUCUGGCUAUAGUUGAGACUCUCCCACUAGAUGAAGAUACUUCCAAGCGAGAUAUACCUGCCGGUAAAAUGGUUCAUCGGACUAAAACUCCACCACCUGUCGGUGUUAAAUUAGGGGUCAAUUUGAAAAAAGUGUCUCCGCCGAGGUCUCAAAUCGGAAUCAAAAAGAAUGAGGCACCAAUGUUGGGAGUAGUGUUGCGACGCGUCGAAAAGAAACCUGUGCAACAGAAGAGUAUUCUCGAUGACGACAAGCCACUCUAUCACUUUUCCAUUGUGCGUAGCGAGAAGAAGGAUCAAAAGCCGGUGACAGUAGCUCCGAAGCCAAAGCCGAAGCCUGCAAUUGGUCUACAAAAGUCAGCUACUACAGUAGCAGUACCGCCAAAACCAAAUCCGGGUGGCAUUCUAACAGGUCCACAAGGAAGGACAGAUACUGGCUUACGUCCUGCACAUCCGGUGGUGCAACGUCCGCCGCAGAACCAACGUCCUCAACUUGGUGUGCCAAUUACUAUUCAAAAGAUCGAAGGCGAUAAAAUCAUUAUUAUUAAGAAGUUUGUUAUACCAAAGAACGGUAAAAUACCGGAGCAGUAUCUCAAGGUUGGUUGGUCGUUCGUUUUGCAUUUGAUUUUGGUGUAUGUGUUGGCAUUUUGA